CAAGCAGCCAAUCAGAAAACACAUUGCAAACCUUGCCAUGGCGAGUUUUGCUUGUAGGUUGGUGUUGAUCCUGGGUACCGCACUGGCGGAUCUUGCCAAAGAGGCGCCGCUGAGUACUUCAGGUGUCUCGGGCCGUCGCUUCAGCGGUGAGGUGUUGAGAGAUACACCGGAACUGCGCUUUGAAGGUCGCCAGAGCGACCUCAAGGUCCUGGUGAACAGCAGCUGCGAGCGAUGGAUUGUGGUGACCUCCAUCUUUCAACCAUCAGCUGCUACCAGGAAACUCGGAGAAUUGACCCGACAGGGCUGGUGUUACGUGGUGGUGGCGGACAAGAAUGGGCCUGAGGAAUGGCAUGGUGUCGAAGGAGUGAUCUACCUCACUGUGGAACGCCAACGGGAAUUGCAUUUCCACAUCAUGGAUCAUCUUCCAUGGCGACAUUUCGGUCGCAAGAACGUGGGUUUCCUCUUCGCCAUUGCGAACGGCGCGAAGGUCAUCUACGACACCGACGAUGACAAUCGCCUGAAGGAAGCGAGGAUUCCAAUUCUCGGCGAGGAUCAAGUCUUCUGGCCAGAUGAUUCGAAAUCAGAAGCGUCACCGGGUCUUCUGAAUCCAUAUCCCAGUUUUAGGC